GAGAUCAUAAAAUGGCCCAAUGAUUGCGCUACUCUUCCACAAAAGUUUAUGGAAAUUGGAGGUUUUCCUUGCGUAUGUGGUGUUCUAGAUGGCUCUCAUAUAAUCCUAUCUAACCCUCCUAACAAUAACGAAGAUUCUUUAAUUAAUCGCCACCAUGUUUAUAGCAUAAAUGCAAUGGCAGUAUGUGGACCCGACACAUACAUAUACUAUGCUUCGACGAACAGUCCAGGAAGAUGGCAUGAUGCACAUAUUAUAAGAAAUUCUAAUCUUUGGAACAAAUUCGAAAAUGGAGAGCUUCCUUUUAAUGGUGCUGUGAUUUUGGCGGACUCAGCUUACCCAUGUCGAGAAUGGUUAAUUCCACCUUUUCCCGGUGAUCCAGACGGUGCACAAAAACGUUUCAACAUUGCGCAUAGGAAAACCAGAAGCAUAAUUGAGCGUUGUUUGGUAUUGUCAAAAACAGGUUCUAUGCUUUGA